AUGGCGCAAUGGGGUCUAUCCUCAUACCUGGUGGUUGUCAGAUCACUUCAGGCCCUGGCAACUUUGAUAUCAGCAAUUCUAAAUGGCUUUCUACUGGUAUACAUUGAGACAAAAAAGUUAGGCCCGUCGGACGUUAUGCUUGUGCUGGAGAUCAUGACCUGCGUGACUCUGGUCUACACGGCCAUUGUAUUACUAGUGCAACAUACCGGCCGCCGGAGUCUGAAGAAUAGAGACUCAUUCACCUUUGCUUUUGUGGUUGGCGACAUCUUGUUCACCGGCUUGACCAUUGGCCUCUUGAGUAUCAUAUCGCGGAGCGGUGUACCUGCCAACUGCGGCGGCUUGACGAGAAGUGACUACAAGUCCACUGAUGCCGCUGAUAACCCCAGCCAAGGCUAUGACACCGUCCGCUUCGGCUCAGGCGAUGAAAAGGGAGAGCUUGACCACUUUUGUGGCCUCGAGAAGGGGUACUUCUUCAUCACUAUUGCGCUCAUUUUCUCUUACAUGGCCACGGUAACCAUGGGUGUUCUUCGCAUUGCCGGUGCUGCUUUUAGGCGCAAGAUGGAUGAGCGCCUCGCGACGGCCAAUGAAUUGGUCCGACUCGAGUCCAAGAUAUCUCGGACCCGAACCUCCCUAAUUCGGCAGUCUUCGGCCCCGAGCUCGCCAUCGCAGGAGGGUUUGGGGUCGCCACGGUCCUUUGGCAGCAAUCGACCACCAAGACGUGACAUUAUGAUUGCCCAGCAGCAGCAGCAGCAGCAGCAGCACCAGCAUCAGCAACAACAGUCACCAACCCAGUUGCAGCAUCACCAACAAGAACAUAUCCAGCAUGCUCAAGCAGUCCGCACGUCCAUACCAGUAUCGCCACUGACUAUCACAACGACCAGCACACCGAUCGACCCGGCGCGCGAAGGACUGCUUAUCGACCAUCAUCAUCAUCACCGCCACCAGACCAGCGUCGACAGUAUUGAAGGCGCCGCCGAGGCUGCCAUGAUCACGGACGGCUACCGGGGACCAGCGGAACAAAACCACCACCAUCAGCACCACCAGCACAACGCCCUUGCGCACUCGAGUAUGAUAUCAUCGGCGCCGCCACCAUAUGUGCCGGGCGAGUCAUCACGAUUCAUGACUGGUCACACUGCCGACGAGAGCAACGAGAUGAGGCUCAGCGACUACGUCAAGGGCCAGACGAGGGCACAAGACAUGAAAGAUGGAGGCGCUGGAUUAUAA